GAGUAGAUAUGCUAUAUUUCAGGUGGAGUAUAAAACUUGUCCCAAUUUAUUAUAUAUUCAAAUAUUUAAAUAAGAGAAGAUUUAUUAAAUAUUGGCUUUUAUAAAAGUAAGGCACGUGAAAAAAUUGAAAUAAAGUUGAAUCUAAUUCUAAUCCCAAAUGAUUGGGGGCAUUUCCGUCUUCCUAAAACUUAUGAUCCAAAACCAAAUUCCCGUCUUCAGCGCCAAUUCUUGGCGCCCCCCUUCAAAAUUUUCGAAUUCUCGUGUAGAAAUCGUCAACGGGAUUCAAAUCAAUUCGAGACCCUUUUCUCCCUCUCUCUGUCUCUCUCUCACUGCCCUUCUUGAACCAGAAAAUCGCAGCUGAAACCGAAGCAGAAAAGGGGCCCGCGUUUCCAGCUUCAAGCCCAUUUUCAGGUCUCAAUUUGAGUGCCUGACUCAAUGCUGAGGUGAAAUUUCGCUGUUUCAUGAGAGCCCACGUAGUUUUGCUGGAAAGAUUUGUUUUUUUGGUGAGAUUGAGGUUGUUCAUUUGAGAAAUUAUGGUGAGGGAGCAGAGUAUUGAGUCGUUUUACUCGAGGCUAAGGGAGUCAGCUAUAGCUUCAGCUUCAUGUGCUCCCCUGCUAAUUUUCCCCUCAACUUCGGACGUAGAUUCAUUAUGUGCUUUGAAAAUAAUAGGUCAUGUUCUUGAAUCAGAUUCGAUUAGGUAUGCUUGUUAUCCGGUUUCGAGCUUCAAAGAAAUUCAUAAGUAUGCUGGGCCUAACUUGACUUCAUCAUCGGAUGAGCCCAUUACCAUUUUGUUGAUUAAUUGGGGUUGUCAUAGGGAUCUUAGGAGGGAUCUGGAGAUUGGCCCCUCAGCCCGUGUUUUUGUUGUUGAUAGUCAUAGGCCAAUUCAUUUGCAUAAUUUGAGCGACCAGAAUGAUCGGGUGGUGGUUCUUUAUACAAGGGAUGAUGAACAUCAGGCUGAUUUGGCAUAUGACUUUGAUGUAUCUGCUCUUGCUAAUGCAAGUGAUUUGAACAGUGAUGAUGAGGUUGAAGAUGACUCUGAUAGCGAGGAUGAAAAUGAGAGUGAUAACGAGGAGGAGGGUGGGGGUGGGAGUAGAAAGAAGAGGAGAGUUUCGGAUGAAAAUGAGAGCAAUCCUGUUAAACUUUUCAGGAAGUUGAAAAGAGAGUAUUAUUAUAUGGGCACUUUCCAUGGGAAGCCGUCAGGGUGCCUGAUGUACGAGCUGUCUCAUUCAUUGAGGAAGAACAAAAAUGAGUUACUCUGGUUGGCUUGUGUGGCUUUAACUGAUCAGUUUGUGCAUGAGAGGUUAACAGAUGAGAGAUACCAGGCUGGAGUUAUGGAACUUGAGCAGCACAUUAAUAGCUCAGGAAACUUGGAUGCUGUUACUUCAGUAACGCUCAAGGACGGCACAAAGGUCACUGUGCCUGAUUCUUCUAGAAUCUCUUAUGAGGAUGAGCCGAGGCUAAUGUUGUUGCAAGAAUGGAACUUGUUUGAUUCAAUGCUAUGCUCAUCCUAUAUUGCCACGAAACUGAAAACUUGGAGUGACAAUGGGUUGAAAAAGAUGCAGCUUCUUUUAGCUCGGAUGGGGUUUGCAAGGGAAGAGUGCAAACAGAAAUUCCAGUACAUGAGUGUGGAGAUCAAACACAGGAUGAAGGACAUGUUUGAGCAAUAUCUACCAGAGUUUGGGCUCACAGAUUUUUAUUAUAGAGGUUUCCUUCUACUGCAUGGGUAUAGCUCAAAAAUCUCAGCUGCGGAUGUUGUAUAUGGGGUGACUGCCCUUCUCGAGUCAUCUGUAGAGUCAGACGGCUCCUCUGGGUCCAAGCAGUUUGGCAUAGCUUAUGAUGCCUUGUCCUUAAACAAGCUUGACAAACUGGAGACGGGAAUGCGGCAGGCCAUUAAGGUGCAAAGGGCCGUCCUUAGACAAGGAAGCACAGCCAUAACGAAGAAGGGAUCGAUAAGAAGUGGGAGUAAAUUUAGGUGGGUGAAACUCGAAGACUCAGCUGAUACAAAGCUCUUGUGCCACCCUCAGGCUUUGACUAAAUUCGGGUACUUCCUGAUGGACGCUCUACGAGAGAAGGGAGCUAGAAUGAAACCUCUCAUAUGCGUUUGCUACACUCAAGAGCAGAAGAAGGUAUUAAUUGUUGGCAUUUGUGGGAAGCCUCGACUUGGUGCAGUUCAAGGAAACGCAUUCGGCAUUGCUUUCAGAAGUGCAGCUGAGGAGACAGGAGCGGAGUACUUUCAUGAGCUUUUCGAAUCGUCAUGGAUAGUUCUGGAGGCAGUUGCUGUAAAUUCAUUCAUGAUCAGGUUGACAGAGAAACUCUUGUGAUGAGGAUUAUUGACCGACCAUUUUCACUCUCCUCCUCCAACUGUAAUUCUGAUAUCCAUAGAUGUGUGUUGUCUUACUAAUGCUUUCUCUAAAUAGUUUUAGCUUGUGUGUAACAGUGGUAAUAACAUGAUUGACUACUCCUAUAAAUGUAUCUCUUAGUUUUUGAUUCAUUCCAACAUUGGAUUCUAUGCCAAACACAAGUGUGACAUUUUCCUUGCAAAAUUACUACUAUU